AUGGAGCCCGAGAUCAAGGAAGAGCAGCAAUCCACAGCUUCCUCGGCCGUUAUGUCCUCAGAGACCCUGAUGGACUCUACCCCGCACCAGCCCAGCUGGUCCACCAGGAAGUACUUGCGAUCCUCGACCAUCUUCAUGGAUCAUUGCCAGUUCGGCUUCCCUACGCGGUCCCUCCGCGCCGGGUUCCAAGCGCUCCCGCCACUCCCUGAGCCGCAGACACUGCGUCUGCGCCCCGCCUCCCUGCGCACGCAGGAUAUCUCACAUCUGCUUGCCCGAGUCUUCCGAAACCUGUACACCGCCCAGGUGAUCGGAGAUGACUUGAGCGACAGCUUAAUCAAAGCCCGCGGCAGUGAGGAUGUGCGCCACGAGGAGUUCCUGGACCAGCUGCAGCAGGCUCGAGCCAUCUACAAACAGCGUCUGGAUGAGGUUGCCAUGUUGGAGAAACAUAUCAUCCAGGCCCGUGCACGGGAUAUUGCGGAAACAGAACAUGCCACCAAACAGAACAGGCUACAUGUCGUGGAGACUCCUGUCAAACUGCCCCCAGUGAAGACAGUCUUCAGGUGGUGUAUAGACAGCAAGUUAAUGCAAAAGCAUCACUUAAUCAGUACAGAAGAUUACUACACUGAUCCCGUGCCAUUUUGCCCAGCGCCCAAAGACAAAUCCAUCCCUGGAUGUUCAAAACUGACAUUCAGCUGUGAGAAGCGGUUCAUGCGCAAGUCAGAGCUGGACAGAAAGGCUGAGGAGCGCUGCAGGAAGCUCUCGGAAUAUGACGACUUAGAGUACACCGCGGACAGCUGGAGCUCCACAUCUAAGACCAAAGAGAAGGCCAAAGACAUCGUUAAGAAGACAAGCACACCAACAAACAAGAAGUGGAUGGAGCACCUGCAGGUGCCACAGAGAGCCCUGGACAGAAGGCUGCUGGCCAGGAUGGAGAAUCGGAAUCAUUUCCUGAAAAACCCUCGGUUCUUCCCGCCUAACACACCGCAUGGAGGCAAGUCUCUAAUUGUGCCUUCGAGGAAGCCAGAGAGAAGAGGAUCUCUGAAUGAGGAGCCAGAGUGGAGCUGUGCAGAUGCCCCCGUGUUCCUGGCAAAACCAUCAGUUGGAUUUUUCACAGACUACGAGAUUGGACCCAUUUACGAGAUGGUGAUCGCUCUGCAGAACACCACCGCCACCAGCCGAUUCCUGCGUGUCCUCCCACCGUCCUCUCCGUACUUCGCUCUGGGACUUGGGAUGUUCCCAGGAAAAGGCGGAAUAGUGGCUCCCGGGAUGACCUGCCAGUACAUCGUCCAGUUCAUCCCAGAUUGUCUUGGCGAUUUUGAUGAUUUCAUUUUGGUGGAGACCCAGUCUCCCCACACACUGGUAAUCCCCCUGCAGGCCCGGAGACCGCCACCAGUGCUGACCUUGUCACCAGUGUUGGACUGUGGCCACUGCCUCAUUGGAGGAGUGAAGAUAACCAAAUUCAUCUGCAAAAACGUGGGCUUCAGCGUCGGCAAAUUCUGCAUCAUGCCCCAAAAGAGCUGGCCACCGCCGAGUUUCCGGGCUGUUGCAACCACUGGCUUUGUGGAGCAGCCUCCCUUUGGUGUAAUGCCUUCUGUGUUUGAGCUGUCCCCAGGGUAUGCCAUACUGUUGGAGGUCUUGUUCCUCCCUACUGGCCUAGGAAAGGCAGAAGAGACCUUCAUCAUCGUGUGUGACAACUGUCAGACAAAGGAGGUGGUCAUCGUAGGGACAGGGCAGCUGGUGGCUUUGGAUCUGAUCUAUAUUUCUGGUGGGAAAAGUGAACCAGACCCGGGAGAACUGAAAGAUUUAACAGCCCAAUACUUUAUCCGGUUUGAGCCUGAGAACGUCCAGUCCACCGCAAGGAAACAGCUCAUCAUCAGAAAUGCUACACACGUGGAGCUGGCCUUCCACUGGCAGAUCAUGAAGCCCAACCUUCAGCCUCUGAUGCCUGGAGAGAUGCACAGCUCAGACAGCAUCAAGUGCCACCCUGACAGGGAGACAGCCUUCUCCAUCGUUCCCGAGAAGGGCAUCCUCCAGGCCCACUCAGACCAUGAGUUCAUCCUGAGUUUUUCUCCUUAUGAGCUCAAAUGUUUCCACAGUGUACUACAAAUGGUCCUAGAAGCUGUCCCCGAGCCCUUGAGCUCAGGGACGGAGAACCUGGGGGACUACUCCUACUCGGUGGAUGAUGUGAUCGUCCUGGAAAUCGAGGCGAAAGGCUUGGCAGAACCUUUCCAGGUUCUUUUAGAGCCCUAUGCCCUCAUCAUCCCUGGCGAGAGCUACAUCGGCAUCACCGUGAAGAAAGAUUUUAAGAUGUGGAACAACAGCAAGUCACCCAUCAGAUACAUGUGGGGGAAGAUCAGCCACUGCCACAUCAUCGAAGUGGAGCCCUGCACUGGGCUGAUAGAGCCCAACGAGGUCGGAGAUUUUGAGUUAAACCUAACUGGUGGGGUACCUGGCCCAACCAGCCAGGACCUGGAGUGUAAAAUCAAAGACUCACCGUUCCCAGUGGUUCUUCACAUCGAGGCCUCCUUUAAGGGACCUGCUGUGGUCAUCGAUGUCCCAGCCCUUCAAUUCGGUCUGCUUCGCCUGGGAAAGAAGGCUUCCAUCUCCAUCCAGAUCCGGAAUGUCAGCCAGCUCUCCGCUGUGUGGCAUCUGAAGGAGAGCCCAGUCUGCCUGGCAGAGAGGCAUGAGGACGUAUCCGCCUUCGACAUUGAGCCUUUCUGUGGCCAUCUUCUCCCUCUGGGGGAGUGCAGAGUGACCAUCACCUUAGAGGCCUCCCACUGUCAGCGGCUACAGACAGUCCUCGAGCUGGAAGUGGAGAACGGGUCCUGGAGCUACCUUCCAGUGUAUGCUGAGGUGCAGCAGCCUCACGUGUACCUGCAGAGCAGCCACAUUGAGUUCAGCAACCUCUACCUGGGUGUGCCCACCAAGUCAAGGACCAUGCUUGUCAACGGCACACUCCUGCCUACCCGGUUCCACUGGGGCAAGCUCCUGGGGGCCCAAGCAGACUUGUGCAAAAUGACAGUCUCUCCCAAACGUGGCCUACUGGGUCCCAGUGAAGAGCUCCAGCUCAACUUGGAGUUGACAGCCCACACAGAGGAACAGCUGACUGACUUGAUUCUCCCCUGUCACGUGUCUGGCAUGGAGAAGCCACUGGCCCUGGGCAUCUCUGGGAAGCCCCUGGGACUGCAGGUGACCAUCUCCAUCUCUGUAGUGGAAUCUGAUGGAAGCACCUCUGCCAGCAGUGCCCCGGAGGAGCUGCGCUUGCACUUCGGCUCGAAGGUGCCACUGAGGACUCCUGUGAUUCGCCAAAUCAUCCUGACAAACUGCUCCCCGAUACAGACCCCUUUCAGCCUCACAUUUGAGUACUUCAGGAGCCCCCAGGACAGCCUGGACAAAAAGACCAGUGUCCCUGAUGUACCUCCUGCCCUGCUAAAGACCGCACGCAUCCAGGAGCACCUGGCCAAGAAGGAAAGGCUGGACUUUGUGGAGAGCAUGUUAUCUCACAGGAAGGGAGCUGCUUUCUUUCCCCACAUCUCCCAGGGCAUGCUGGGAGCCUACCAGCAGCUGAGUAUUGACAUCACAGCCUGUGCCAACAUGUGGGGCGAGUACUGGGAUGAGCUCCUCUGCAUGGUGGGAAACCUGCCAGUAACUGUCAUCCCGGUGUACAUGGCCGUGGUGGGCUGUCCUAUCAGCUCCCUGAGGAAUACAUGCUACAGUGUGGCCCCAUUCCAGAAGCAGCCUAUCACCAGGUUUGGGACCCAGAUCUCUGGAGGAGACACAGUCACCAGAAUUCUCCGUCUAUAUAACUCCAGUCACUGUGACAUCCGCCUAGAUUGGGAGACCUAUAUCCCAGAAGAAAAGGAGGACCGGCUGCUGGAGCUGCUCGUGUUUUAUGGGCCACCCUUCCCACUGCGGGAUCAAGAUGGGAAUGAGAUCGUGUACCCCGAGACCUCGGAGGCCAGCUUAGCAGUGUCCCCAUGUCCCUCCAAUGUGUCAGUGUCUAGCUACACUCUCCCCUCACUGGUAAGCGAGAGUACAGGUGGUGGCACCAGGGCCGAAGAGCAGAUCAUCUCUGUCAUCCUGCAGGGGCAUGAGGCGGUGCCCUCCGGCCAUAUAUACCACAUCAGCCCCAAGCAGGUGGUCAUCCCAGCUGGAGACUACAGAACCAUCUACAUCUCCUUCACGCCCACGGUGCUCGCCCCGGGUGUUAUGCACAAGGUGGGGUAUCCCGGCUAUGCCCUGGGCUUCAUGAGCUUGGACAAGGAGACAGACAGACAGAUUCCAGGUCGAAUGCGACGCCUUCAGGACUUUGCCGUGGGUCCCCUGAGACUGGAUCUGAAUGCCCACGUGAGACAUGCACAGCUGCAUGCCGAGCUGGACAGCAGUGGCUACUUGGAAUUCUGGUGCCAGGCCAGUGACCUCAUUCCCCAAAAUCCCUGCAAUGGGGUGCUGAGUGACUGGCUUACCAUCCGCCAUCUGAAACUGAUCAACACCACGGAAAUCCUGUACCACUUCCGGGCCAGGGUCUCCAGGCCCUUCUCUGUUUCUCAAGGUGGGGCCAUCUGGGACAACAGAGCCCCUCAUCAGUAUGACGAGGAGACAGCCUCCACAGGCCAGCAGCUGAUGAUCCGCCCACAGGAGAACAUGCUGGUGGAUGUGUCCUUCUCACUAUCCCUGGAACUGCUGUCCUACCAGAAGCUCUCAGCAGACCAGAUGUUGCCUGGAGUGGAAAUUCAGGAGAGUGAGAAUGGGGAGAGAAAGAUGGUUUUCACCCAGAAUCUGCUCCUGGGCUUCACCAACCAAACCGUUCAGGAGGUGCCCCUGCGAGCCUUUGUGACCCUGCCAGCCCUGCAGCUCUCCACCAGCUGGGUGGAUUUCGGGACCUGUUUUGUGAACCAGCAGCACGCUCGGGAGGUCUACCUGAUGAACCUCAGCAGCUGCCUGAGCUACUGGACGGUGCUGAUGGGACAGGAGGAACCAGCCAGGGAGGACCGUGCAUUCGGGGUCUUCCCAGGCAGCGGACUGCUGGAGGCCCGAGCCACCAAUGCACCCCCAACCUCCACCCAGAUUCAGGUGUUCUUCAACCCAAGGAGCAGCCUCCUGUACGAGUCCACACUGGUGGUGGAGGGUAUGCUGAGCGAGAAGCCCUGUCUCCUGAGGCUGCGGGGCCAAGGCUCUUAUGACGAGAGAUACGUGAAACUCCACGAGUUUUGA